AUGAUGCGACCGCGCGAUCCGCGCUUCCGGCAGAGGAUCAAUCAGCUCUCCCACAACCUCGAGACCGCGAACGAGACCGCCCAGGAAGGGCUCUACACCUUUUCGCAGAACUACCUCACCCCCUGCUUAGCCGCGGUCGGGACUUGCGUGCAAGCAUGUACAGAUCCGUGCCUUCCGAGCCGAGAAGAUCAUCUCAGACGUCGGCGGCGCGGGCGUGCCGAAGCAAACUUUGAUUUCUACGAUGAUUGGGAUAAUGAGGAAGCCGACGAAACACUGCUGGGUUGGGGCACGGGUGAGCUUGACCGGUUGCUGGCUGGUAGCGGUCUGACGAGGGGAGGUGCUGAGCAGCCGCGUCGCCCUAGACGCAUGAGCUAUGGGACACGUCACACAAGGCGCAGGAGUGCAGUGCAUAUUCCUGAUAAUCACAGCGACCCGACAGUAAUUCCGAGUUCGUCAUUGAUCGGGUUUCUUGAACGGUUCCCCUGGAGAUUUGGCGCAAAGGGUGUAAAGUAUCGACCGUCAGCGGCGGACUUGCAAGAACACCCUGGUAGUCUGAGGCGGUAUAAUCAAGAUGAGAACGAGCCUUUGAUGGAAGCUACAGACGAUGGUGGGGGCCGGGUAUCUUACGCCGAUCAUGGGAGGAACCGAAGUUUAACACAGUCGUCGAAAGGAACAUCAAACUCCCUGAGUUCUCGCGGCGAUCUAUUUCCAAGUGACGACGAGGAAGAUGCGGUUCCGCUGGACGAUGAAUUCGCACUUGCCUUUGGCCGUCGGGGAACCGGUCUGGAAUCGGAUGAUCAGUCUGGUAUAAAAUCGGAGAUGUUCAGAUCGGCGUCCGGAACGUCUAGCCUUGCGGAUGCAUCUUCAAGACAGUCAAAGAAGAUCAAGAAACAACGAUCAUCGACGAGAUCACGGAUGAGCCCAGAACCUGGCGUUACUCACAAUGUUGACACGCUUUCCAUGGCUGAUAUCAAAAUGGAGGAGGAACGGGCCAGGUUGGAAGAAGAGGCAGCAAUCGAGCGAAAACGCUCGGCUGCCCAUGAGCUGGCUUUAAAACGUGGUCUAGAGCCGAGUGAUACAGAUCCGUCUGCCCCGACCUCUUAUCCCCCAGAGCAAGCAUCUGGGAUUAUUGCAAGUCCCCCUGAUGCGCAAGUUUACGAAGUAUACAUUCCCAAACGUCGUCCUAGAGAAACAAGCGAGUCCUCGGCUCGCCGGUCGUUGGGUGACCAAACCGAGCCAUUCCCGCCAUUCCCACAACCAACAUCGUCGACGACGGCAGGAUCUCCAGGCGUCGCGGGUGCGUCGCCUCGAUCUGACUCCAUAGAUCUUUCAGCUGCUACAUCGGCUCCGAGGAAUAAGUCGCAUCUGGAUGGCGGAGAUACGCCGCAGUAA